AUGGAGUUUUUGCAAUCUUUGUUAAUCGAAUCAUGGGUUCUUUGGGUCCUCGGUCUCUUCAUUGUAACAUGUCGCCUUGCAUCGCGACGACUGAAGCUUGGAAAAUGGAGCCUUUUGGCCAUUGAAGAUUAUUUGAUGAUCUUCGCCCUCAUCAACUUCACAGGCGUCGUAGUGUCAAUCAACGAAGUCGCAAAGAAUGGAUCGAAUUAUAUGGCCCCCGAUGUCGCAGCGAAACUCACACCCGAAGGCAAAAGCGCAGCCAUCUUCGGCAGCAAAAUGACGUUUGUUCUCGAAAUAUUCGCUCUCACAGCUGUAUGGACGAUCAAAGCUUGCUUGCUAUUUCUUUACGCAAGAUUAACGCAGGGGACCUCAAUUAAGCAGCGUUGGGCCGUGAGGUUUGUUUCUGCGUUUUGCGUGGUCACUUAUAUUGUUGUCAUCUUUUUGUUUGUCUUCUUUUGGUGUUCGCCUACGCCGGAGUAUUGGGCUGUGCCUGUCAAUCCUGAUAAAAUGCAAUGCGCGACAUAUUAUUCGCAUAUGAUUACUGCGACGGCGUGCAAUAUCGCCAGCGAUAUCAUGCUGAUCUUGUUACCGAUUCCGAUUGUCAUCAACAUCAGCUUGUCGAGGAAGAGGCGGAUUGGGCUUUGCUGUGUCUUUGGCCUUGGUCUCUUCAACAUUCUCGCCGCUGUUCUUAAUCGAUACUACAACUUCAGUAACCCAAACAGCUACGUCUUCCUCUACUGGUACGUCGCAGAAUCCGGCGUCGCUCUCUGGGUCGGCAAUCUCCCGCUCUGCUGGCCUGUCCUACGUCUCGCCCUCGGUUCAAAAGGAGACUCAUCCAAUCCCUCGUACCCGAACCCAUCAUACCCCGAAAACUCGACUCGUCGAAGAACACAAGGUCGCAGUAAGCCGUCUGUCUGGGCAAAACUGGAGGAUGAGCGCUUGUCUGAGCAGGGAAGUCAGAUUGAGCUUGUGGACCAGAAUCCUUAUUAUGUGGAGGCGAAGGCGAGUGGUGAUGCACAUGAGGAGAGGGGCAAUGGGCGCAUUACUGUUGUUACGAAGGUGGAGCCACAGACUAUCACGAAUGUGUUCGACAAGCUCCAAAUCGAAUGCCCGUAG